GACUCAGUCUCCGGCCACUCGAUAUAAGACGCGCCGGUAUCUACGAGAACGCAGUUCAUAUCAAACCUCCGUCUUGUGAUUACAGUGGUUAGGUACGCGAAUGUUUGUCAACGGCGGCGUCGACGCUAUCAGUAGUCGAUUGGACAACAUCAAUUUAAACUAUACAACAAUGCAACCCAAAGCUGAAAGACCGCCGGUGUGCCCGAAAACGAAGUUGCCCCUGCUGCAUCUGACGCCGUCAGAGAAGAAGGCGGACGGCAGCCCGCACCAGGGCGCCAACGACCCCUGGCUGCUCAGACCCAACCACGACAUCCCGCCUACUCCUCCCCCGCAGGAUGAGCCCAUCCAGAUGUACCCCGAGCGAACCGGGUAGCUCGCAAAACGAACGAGCAUUCUCGAUUAUGAAUAUUGAUCAAAAUAUAUUUUCAUAUGGCAAGUUGCCAACGCGUCGGAGACGGACUUUUAUACAAAGGCGUGUAAAAAUAAGCCUAACUCCAUUUUAUUGAGGAACUACGUAAAUACAAGUGGUGUCGGGACAGGACUUUGACCGCCGGAUCCACAGUGGACCUCAUGUUGCUCAAAUGUGUCAAAUGGUACUGGUACUGGUACU